GCUGGGGGUGGGGUGAAUUGACUUUGGGCUGCCGGUUAUAUUUGGGGACCAUAAGUCAUUUGUGGCCAGUGUCAAUUGACUCCUGGAGCCACGCGCGGUCCCAAGGGUCGCGGAUGCGUAGACAGGAGUCUAUGUUGUGGACAUCUCCGGACGUAUUUUGUCCAGCACCUUCCCCUUGGACGGUCUAGUUCACCCCCCCACCCCACCCCCUACGUUAUCAUCAGUCAUUAACACGACAUUGGUCGUGAAGUCUUCCCGAAAAUAUAAAACGGGUCGACUCAGGGCUCCGCUGAAGUCCUUUCCAGGCUGCGGAAAUGGGGUGUUGAGAUUUAUUAUUGUUUUAAAAAUACAAAAUUGUGAGCAGGGCAGGGGGUAGUUAGCAACGGGCCAGUAUAUUACCCUGUGAACUUGUUGCAGGAACAGAUCAGCAGCCGCCUGACCGAAGCACACACGCGCGUCAAGUGGCGCCGUUUAAAGCCACAUUCCUUGCGUCACGCUCACGAGCGCCGGCGAGGAUCCAGCCCGCCGCUCUGCGCGACUCCUGCCCCGCCCCGCCGGCAUCGCCGUGCACCGCUAGCGCACCGCUAGCGCACCGCUAGCGCACGUGGGGGGCGUGCAGGAGGGCGCAGCGGGAACCCUGCUCGUGCCGUGGCCAUGGGCGCAAUCCGCGGCUGGUUCAGCGAGCUGCGCGACAGCCAUCGCUCGAGGAAGCUCAUCCUCGUCAUCGUGUUCGUGGCGCUCCUCCUGGACAACAUGCUGCUCACGGUGGUGGUGCCAAUCAUCCCCAGCUACCUCUACUCCAUCGAAAACCACAACGCCACGCAGGUCCCGCCAUCUCCGACUCCAGGGCUCGCAUCGCGACCUACCCAUCCCGUCCAAAGUCAGCGCAUGCAAACGGCUUCGCUCCCAGCGUCGGGGGCUCACGAACUCCCGACCCCCGGCGGGACGAGGUCGGAGGUCGCGAACGGGACCGAGGGGCCAAGCGAAUGCGAGGAGGGCUCAAACGUAGACCUGUCGAAUGAGAACGUGCGCGUGGGCCUGCUCUUCGCGUCCAAGGCCACCGUGCAGCUCGUGGCCAACCCGUUCAUCGGCCCGCUCACCAACCGGGUUGGUUACCAGAUACCUCUCUUUGCUGGGUUCAUCAUCAUGUUCAUAUCUACAAUAAUGUUUGCGUUCGCCGAGAGCUACGGGCUGCUGGUGUUUGCCAGGUCUCUGCAAGGCAUUGGCUCUUCGUGCUCCUCUGUGGCCGGCAUGGGUCUGCUGGCGAGUGUGUAUCCGGAUGACGACGAGAGAGGCAAUGCUAUGGGCAUCGCUCUGAGUGGUUUGGCCUUGGGGGUGCUGGUGGGACCGCCCUUUGGCAGUCUGAUGUACGCCUUCGUCAGCAAGACGGCGCCAUUCCUGGUGCUCGCUGUGCUCGCGCUGUUCGAUGGAGCCUUACAGCUGUGCGUUCUGCAAAAGCCCAAAGCAAUAGCCGAGAGCCAGAAGGGAUCCUCUCUUCUCACUCUGCUGCAAGACCCUUACAUCCUGAUCGCCGCAGGCGCCAUCUGUUUUGGGAACAUGGGAAUAGGCAUGAUGGAGCCGCUGCUGCCCAUCUGGAUGAUGGAAACCAUGUGUCCCUCCAAGUGGCAGAUCGGCAUGGCGUUCCUCCCAGCCAGCAUUUCAUAUCUGAUCGCAACAAACAUCUUUGGGCCACUCGCUCAUCGCAUGGGAAGGUGGCUGUGCUCCCUCCUGGGGAUGGUGUUGGUUGGCGUGAGCAUGAGCUGUGUACCACUGGCUAAUAACAUUUAUGCCUUGAUUGCUCCGAAUUUUGCAAUUGGUUUUGCGCUGGGCAUGGUGGAUUGUUCCAUGAUGCCCAUCAUGGGCUACCUGGUCGACCUGCGCCACGUCUCCGUCUACGGCAGCGUCUACGCCAUCGCAGACGUCGCCUUCUGCCUCGGCUUCGCGCUAGGUCCCUCGGCUGGAGGAGCCAUAGCCAAAGAGUUGGGCUUCCCCUGGCUAAUGCUCAUUAUCGGCAUCAUCAACAUCCUCUUUGCUCCGCUCUGCUUCUUCCUCCGCAAUCCACCGGGCAAGGAGGAGAAAAUGGCCAUCCUGAUGAGCCAAGGCUGCCCUGUAAACACCAAGACGUACUUCACCCAGAGUAUGCCUAACCAGAUGCAGUCCAUUACUGCCGACGAGACCAUGGAAGAAGAGAGUGAAGAGUGAUGAUUCUGCCACAUACAUGGUGCAAAUAUUAGUACACAACCACACACCCAGUGCAAAAGCCGCAAUUUCAAAACAAACGGAAAAAACAAACGGAACUUCCAUUUCAAAUCUUGACACCUUGCAACUCGGAAAACAUUUAUGCAACAUUGUGAAAAUCGUGCGAUAUGCAUGGUAUUGCAAUGUGUAGGCGGGUUGUUUAUUUUUAUGUGACUGCCCGUCCCUCCUCCAGCCAGCUGGCAAAACUUAUGUUUAAUAGAGGAUGAGAGCAUAUAUCCCGUGCAUUUGCGCAGGACCCACGGCCAGGAUGGAGGACAGGCGUGACACCAGCACGCACAAACCCGGCUCAUCGUUGCGCAGAUGUGCACGGUGAUGUCCCUAUUUGGCACACUCACUUUCGCCAGCCAUCCAUCCAUCCAGGAAUCUAAGCAGGAAUCCAGCCAGCAAGCAAAUUUUUUUUUUCUGAUAGAGCAUAUAUAUGAUACGCCAUUAUGUAUUCACGAAAAAAAAUGUAUUACACUAUUAAGUGCGCAUGACAUUGGUUCAACACGUGCAAACAAUGAACAAAUAAUUGCGAUGGUACAUUUCACAUUAAGCAAGUGCUCAUAAUCCUUAGUAGCCAUGGUCAAUCCACUGCUAGAUGAGGACCUUGCAAACCCAUUGCCGUCUCUCGUUAUCCUGCGAUUAAAUAUUCCAGUGCACCAGCACACGAGCCGGUUUCUCUCCGUCUCCAUCAGUGGAUGUCGUCUGUGACAAUAAUGCCAAAAAUGCAGUCAAAUUAACAAAAAAAUACUCAGAUGCCUGCUCAAGCUUAUGGAUUUAUGCUGCAUACAUUCAAUGUGUACUUAAAAGCUACAUUUGCAGGUGAAUACAUGUUUAAUUUGGUCAAAGUACAAUAAAUAUAUAAUUCUUGUGGCAGUAUUGGAAAGAAAGCAAUUUUAGGAUGUCUAUCCACUGGCAUGUUGAUGUUUGUUACCAUGCAUAUAUACCCAUAACAUUUUAUUAAAGUAAAUACACAAAUGUACGCUUCAUUUAUUUACAUGCCACCUUGAUGGGACUAAAUGACAUUAAUAUACUUUAGACUGUGCUAUUUGUUUUUAUUAACGUACCGUUUUCACGUUUAAAAUCCAACAUGAUGUGUUGGAGCCACCGCAAAUGUAAUAUUAACUGUAUAUUGUGCCUAUUGACACCAACUUUGCUUGGAUUGUAUGAACCUUGUUGGAAAUAUUUGCACAAAUGCCAUUGAAAAGGAUAAAUAUUUACUUGCCAAUUAAACAAAAAUGUAUACUGUUAAUAUAAAACCAUCAGCUCAGCCAUCUAGUUCCAAUUAAGAGAUGGCAUCAUUGUAUUAUAUUCUUGUUAGCUAUUGACAUAGCUCUAUGAAAAGAAUACAGAUAGCAAGACAACUGUUCUUUCAUGUUGACCUUGAAAUAAAAAUACAUUGAAAAAG